AUGGGUCAUGAAAUUUUGUCACCUCCAUAUUUGACUCCUCAAAUGUCUCAAGAAUCAUCCACUCAAGAACUGUCCGUUGAAUCCCCUACGGGCUCUAAGCAAUCAUUAGAGCCGUCGUCGCCCCAAACACCAGAGACUUUAAAGACCGAGCAUAACGGCCAUAUAUCACCUGUAAAGCCGGUUGCUAUGGCUACAGAUACAGAUACAAUUCGCGAAGAGAACGAGAAGGAGGAUCUUAAAACGUUAAAGGAGAAAGCUGUCGCAGAUUAUGACGCCAUGGAACCGAGUGACGCAGAAGAGAAAGAAGAAAUAGUUAACCCAUCGCGCAGAUCAACGCGCAUCUCAACUAAGAAUGACGAUACCGAGCAGAACAAUAGUACUCACGAAUCCGUGGUAAAAAGAAAGUCCGUUCGAACAAGAAAGAGGAAGAACGAGGAAUCUACAUAUAUUUCAGAUUAUACUACAGCAGAAGAAUUGGCAAAGAGACGUAAAAAUUUGGAUGAAACCGCAACACCAGUGGGAUCAUCGGCAGCAGCAAAACAACCGGAAAAGAGGUCUGCACGUCAACCAAAGCUCAUAACGGGUGGUGCACUUCGCGAAUACCAGUUAGCCGGGUUAGAAUGGCUCGUAAGUUUGUAUGACAAUGGGCUUAACGGCAUCCUUGCUGAUGAGAUGGGUUUAGGCAAGACCUUGCAAACAAUCGCAUUUUUCGCGUACUUGUGGGAGCGCCGGCUAUAUGGUCCUUAUCUCAUAGUAGCUCCAUUAUCUACGCUUGCUAAUUGGGUUUCUGAAUUCCAAAGAUGGUCACCCUCAAUUCCUGUUGUAUUGUACCAUGGUACACCCGAGCAACGCACCCAUAUUCGCAACAAACGAUUGAGGAAAAUAGAUCAUACCUUCCCUGUUGUGGUGACGAGUUAUGAAAUUGUAAUGAACGAUCGGAAGUAUUUGCAGAAAUUGGCAUGGAAGUUUAUCGUUGUUGAUGAGGGCCACCGUAUCAAAAACCUCAACUGCAAACUUAUCCGCGAGUUGAAGUCAUAUCAAUCAGCAAAUAGAUUGUUAUUAACGGGAACGCCGUUACAAAAUAAUCUGGUAGAGCUAUGGAGUCUGUUGAAUUUCCUGUUGCCUGAUAUCUUCGAUGAUCUGGAUAGUUUUCAAAACUGGUUUGAUUUUUCGGCACUGAAUGAAGAAAACGGGCAGCAACGAAUUCUGGCUGAGGAACAAGAAAAUAUGAUAAUUUCUAAUUUGCAUAAAAUUCUCAAGCCCUUUUUGAAAAUGCACUUCCAAAAAAAGAAGGAGUAUCUUCUUUUUGCUCCCAUAUCGGCACAACAAAAGGCACUUUACGACGCGGUACUCAGAAGAGACAUCAGACAAUACUUGGUCAAGAUGACAACCGGGAAAUCUCCUAAUGACUCUAGUGAACCCAUGGAUAUACAUGAGGAACCAAGUUCUGCUGAAAGCGAAACUGACUCAGAGACAGAUGAAAAAUCCACCGAAAUAUCACCAGAAAAAUUAGAAGCAGAGCGGAAGAGGCAGGCAAAUGAACGGAAGAGAUCUUUGCGACAACAACAACGGAUACGAUAUGCGGAAUUAUCAGAUAAGAGAUAUUUUGAUAGUUUAAAGGGCGAUAAUGAGAGCGGUUCUAAGGAAAAGGAAAAUACAACAGCGAUUGCAAAGGAAAAGGCUUCUGAGGACAAAGCUGUACGCUUUGUAAAUAGUUUAAAGCUACAAAAUAUUGUUAUGCAACUCCGAAAAGUCUGUAAUCACCCGUAUCUCUUUGACUGGCCUGCUGAUCCAGAUACUAGCUAUCCGCUUGUUUCAGAAGAAUUAGUAACUAGUUCAGGAAAAAUGAUGUUACUGGAUCGUCUACUUUCUGCUCUAUUCGAGCGCGAUCAUAAAGUGCUAUUGUUCUCCCAGUUUACGACAAUGUUGGAUAUUAUUGAAGAAUGGGCAGUCGAAAUCAAAGGAUGGAAAAUUUGCCGUAUUGAUGGUAGUGUCAAGCAAGAAGAUCGAAGAGAUCAAAUCCAAGCUUUUAACACAAGCCCUGACAUGAAAUUAUUCAUUCUUUCAACGCGCGCUGGCGGGCUUGGGAUUAAUCUAACGGCUGCUGAUACUGUGAUUAUUUAUGACAGUGACUGGAAUCCCCAAAUGGAUCUUCAAGCACAGGACAGAUGCCAUCGCAUCGGACAAACGAAGCCAGUUGUCAUCUACCGUCUAGUCACCGUAAAUACGGUGGAAAGUAAAAUAAUUGAAAAAGCAACUGCAAAGCGAAAACUUGAAAAACUUGUAAUGCACAGGGGUAAAUUCAAAGUUCCAUCUGGUGAAAGCAAGAGCACUACGCUUGGCGAGUUAGCCGAAAUCUUGGCUAGCGAAGACAAUGAACAAGUACACCUUGUACAGAAAGGUGACGUUAUUAUUCCUGACGAAGAUCUGGAGCGUCUGCUUGAUAGGAGUGAUAAAUCAUUUUCGAAGAUGGAGGCUGGGGCUGCUGAAGAAGAACGCGGAGAGACAUUCAAGGUCAUUAGUGAAGUGCGUAAUAAGAACAAUGAUGCCUUAGCAAAUAUGGAUACUGAUGAUGAGGGAGAUGGGAUAUCUGAUCCGGAGCAACGUAAUAUCGAUGUUUCUAGCGUUAGCGAGAGCAAUUGUGAUGCGGAUAGGUAA